UUGAUAAAGUUUGUGCCUGAUUUAUCGUAUGUUUUCAGUAAUAUUAACUUGAACUUGGCUUGACACGCUGCCGCGUGUCUAGAUAUUAUUAACUAAUAAUUUAAGUUAACUAUACUCUACUUGUCCAUCAUAUAACACUCGGAGUACUUUGUUAGUAGACUUCAGACAAACAAAUUAAGGUAGAUAUAUUAUGUUAGAUUCGACACUUAAGAAAUGGCUAUAAGUUACAUUCCUCGUGUGACACAGUUGGACGCGGGCCAGUUAGAUGAGCAGCUGGAAGAGCUGCUUAAACAACAAUUAUUUAAUGCUACAAAAUAUUUAGAGCCAGGUAUUCUGCAGCCAGUACUACCAGAAUUAGAACUACUUCUUCGAACAUGGAUAUUCAAAUAUUCAGUCUAUGACAACAAAUGCACUUUUGGACAAAAAAUGCUUUCAUUGAAAUAUAACACAAAUAACUUCUCCAAGUCUAAACUUUACUGGUAUUAUGGGUACACAAUUGGAUUAAAAUAUUUAAAAGAUAGAGCUAUAUACAGUUGGACUUCUAAUACUAAAGUACAGAAUUUUGUACAUCAGUUAGAAACAUUCCAGUUAUUUGGAGACAUUUUAAAUUUUUUGAGGUUUAUAAGAAGUGGCAAAUAUCCAGUGCUCAUAGAUUUUAUUUUGGGUUUGGAGUUGACAGCUGAUAAGCUUACCAGAGAGGACUUGACUGAUUUUUCAUGGACGAGAGAACUUCUGUGGCAUAAUUUUAUUGAACUAAUAGGCACCAUCAUAUCUUUGAUGAACAUUUUUGGUCUCAGAAGAAGACUCAGCAACAUAUUGAAGUAUGUGUGGUGGCGGCAGCAUGUGAAGCCAGUGUCAAAGCCAGGCCCACCCCUUAUGACCCACCUCACUUUAUGUGCCUGUUGUUCUACCAGACCGGUUUUACCUCAUACCAUGGGCUGCUCACAUAUCUUCUGCUAUUACUGCUUAUCGACCAAUAGAAUGCUAGAUCCCGACUUCGCGUGUCCUAAGUGCUAUUACAAAGGAAAGGAGAUAAAUAGAUUUACAAUGGCUUAAAUGAUUAAGAGAAACUAACAUUUUAAUGAAUUAUGAGGUGGAGGUAUCAAUAUUUAACAGCUGUGGCAGUGUGGACUAAUAACAAAUAAGGUAAGGUUUACUCGGGUAAUUCCGAAUGUCGAAAACUGUCGGAUAAUUCCGAAAAGAGACUUUUAUUAUGAUGGGAUUUAGGGUGAUUUUCAUCUGAUUUUCGGAAUUAUUACCCGAAUACACCCUACAGUACAGUAAGCAUUAAAUAAAUAGCAACUGCUGUGACCAAUUAUUUCAUAACACCUUUGUUACCAUGUAAAUAAGUAAAACUGUAUAAUUUGGUUUUAUCUGUGAUAUCUGUAAAAUAUAUAUAUUUAAUUAUUAGGUCCAUUCAAUUGAUAUCAAUACCUUACAUUUAAUUUAAACAACUAAGUCAUCACAGGAUAGGAGGAACACCACAAAUUUUACUUAUUAAUCGAGAAUUAAUUGAUUAUUAAUUGAAAUAUGUAGUAUGUACGAUACAAGUGCGAAAAGUAGGAAAUUCACAACGAGUGGCGAUAAAUUACACGAGUUGCGAAUUACCUUUUCGCACGUGUAUUGUACGCUUUACAGUAGGUAGGACAUAUGGCCCUUUAAAACUUAAAGUAAAGUAGCACCACAGAAUAACUAAUAGUACUACCGUACCAUAUGUAUUGUAAAUGAAUCUUAAUUACUAAUAGUUAUGUUUAUUUUCUUAUUACAUGAAGUAGUUGCUUUUUCUAUGUAUUUCGAUGCCGGUUUUAUUUUCGAGGUUAUUCUGCUUACUUAUUAGGGUUCCGUACCCAAAGGGUAAAACGGGACCCUAUUACUAAGACUUCGCUGUCCGUCCGUCCGUCCGUCCGUCUGUCACCAGGCUGUAUCUCACGAACCGUGAUAGCUAGACAGUUGAAAUUUUCACAGAUGAUGUAUUUCUGUUGCCGCUAUAACAACAAAUACUAAAAACAGAAUAAAAUAAAGAUUUAAAUGGGGCUCCCAUACAACAAACGUGAUUUUUGACCAAAGUUAAGCAACGUCGGGAGUGGUCAGUACUUGGAUGGGUGACCGUUUUUUUUUUGCAUUGUGGUACGGAACCCUUCGUGCGCGAGUCCGACUCGCACUUGCCCGGUUUUUAUAUAUGUAUGUAAACAUACUUUAAAUCUGUUAUCUUUAUUCCAUUUUCAAAAUCCAUUCGUUUUUGAGAUAGGACCGCUCGCUAAAUAUAUAAUAAGUAGGGCUUAUGGGGGCAGUAUUGGUGACUUUUUAUAAAACUAAAUGGUAAUAUAAAUUUGUUUAUUGUUUACAAUUUUUACAAUAUAUGUAUUUUGUUUACAAAA